AUGACAAGUGCCUUCCUGGUUCCAUCUCUUACUUGGUUAUCUUGUACCAACGAUUACAUUGAUGAAAUUCAUAAUAUAUUCUGUCAACAUUGGCUAAAUUUAGAUAAGGAACGAGAAAUAGCGAUCGAUAGUAUAGAUAAAUGGUGCCUUGGAUGGGAAAAACGCAUUAAAAAAUAUGCCAACGAACAAAAAGUUCUUCUUAAUAAUAAUUAUGAUCGCCUACGAUAUGUUUUUGACAAAAAACAUAAAGAAAAUGUUGAAACAGCCAAUGCUUAUCAUAAUACACAACAACUAGAACUGUUUAACGAAUUACGUCAUGCAUGUCAAGAAUUAGAGUUUCAAGCAGUCAGACUUGAGUAUUGUAAAAAGGAAAUGGAAUAUCCGAAAGUGAUCGACAUAGAAGAACGAGAGGAAAGAACACAAUUAGAACAAGUGGAUACGGAUACAUUGGAAAAUGCCAGACGUCGAAGACGACGUUGUAAAGAAAAUGAUAAAACAGAAAACACCAGCAGUACUAGUGUAAGCUCAUCACCUAACUCAAUAACCUCGUCUUCAAAACAAACAAACAAUCAACAAACAUCAGAUACACAAUCUAAGAGGAAAGAUGAUCAGUUGACAGAUACUAAGAAUACUUCCAAAAAACAAGGCAAGAAUGACAAUGAUUCAAAUGAUAAAUGUCCUAUAUGUUUUAUGAUAUUUCCAUCAAACUUGACACGUUCCGAUCGAAAUCGACACGUCAAUGAGCAUAUUAUAGAUGAUCACAAUGAUUGA